UAAUCAACUGUUUUGUAUAUUUGUUUUCAGUUUUCAUUUCGACAUGCGCUCCAGUUAUAGCUAUUAUAAUAAAGUAUCUUAACAAUUAAAAUAUAAUAAAAUGCUCCAGAAUCCCCUGUGGGUUUGGUCUCUGCCGCGACGAAACGGGGACUACAACUCCCAGCAUGCCGCGGGCCCCUCCUGUUUUGUUUCCGAUCCUGUCGCAAGGGGCGGACCACAACUCCCAGCGUGCCCCGGGCCCCAAGCUAAGUCCUAAAUCCGGAAAGUCCGAAGGCGCCGACCCACGGCCUCGAGUGGGCACCCGCUGGGAAGAGAAGGGUUAGCCGCUCUCGGCGGGGUGGAGAGACCGGUGCAGCCUCCGCCAUGCUCCACGCACUGGCCGGGGCCGCGACCCUGGGGCUCAGGGGGCCCUGGGCGCGGUGGUCUGGGAGGCGGGCGGGGGUCCAGGCCCACGUGGUGGACCUGCGCAGCGACACGGUGACCAGGCCUGGGCCGGCCAUGCGGCGCGCCAUGGCCGAGGCGAUCGUGGGGGACGAUGACUACGGCGAGGACCCGACGGUCCGCGAGCUGCAGGAAAAGGCUGCGGAGCUGCUAGGGGUGGAGCAGACUCUGUUUGUGCCCACCAACACUAUGGCCAACCUCAUCUCUGUGAUGGGUCACUGCCGGCGCCGGGGCUCCCAGCUCCUCCUUGGGCAGGAGUGCCACCUCCAGGUCUAUGAGCAGGGCGGGGUGGCUCAGCUCGCCGGGGUGCUUGCCAACCCACUCCCGGACCUGCCACAUGGCACGCUGGAUCUGGCUGAGCUGCAGAGGGUGCUUGCUCGGGGCCACGGGAGCCCCUACCACCCAGUGUGUGAGCUCGUGUGCCUGGAGAACACGCACUGCAGCUCCGGAGGCCGGGUCCUGCCCAUCGACUACCUCCGCCAGGGGACAGUGCUGAGGCUCAGGUGGCACAUGACCGCUCAGGUCCCACAUACCCAGAGCUGGUCACCACACCAGGCUCCUGACUCCAGACCUUGUGAUUCCUCCGGGGGUCACACCCAGGAGCCUCCCGGAGACCUGUCCUCCUUGGGGCUGGCCCCUCUGACCUCUGCCUGCCCUGCAUUCCAGGUACACCUCCUGGCCAGGACCUAUGGGGCCCGCAUCCACCUGGAUGGGGCCCGGCUGAUGAAUGCAGCCGUGGCUCUGCGUGUGCCCCCUGCCCACAUCGUGGAGCACUGUGACUCUGUGUCUUUCUGUUUCUCCAAGGGCCUGGGUGCACCUGGGGGGGCCCUGGUCGGGGGGCCCAAGGACUUCAUUGAAGAAGCCUGGCGUUUCCGGAAAGCCCUGGGCGGAGGCAUGCGCCAGUCUGGGGUGCUGGCUGCUGCAGCCCUGGUGGGCCUGGCUGGCGCAGAGGAGGCCCUGCUGCAGGACCACAAGAAUGCCCAGAGAUUCGCCAAAGGUCUCCAGGAGUUGGCGUCGCCCGUCUGCUCUGUAGAUCCUGCCACUGUGGAGACCAACAUGGUGCUGGUGAGGGUGAACGGGUUGGCACCCACAGAGCUGUGCCAGCGCCUGCAGGUGGUGAGCGCUGACGAGGUGGCACAGAUCGGCCGUGCUGUGCAUGUGCUGGUGUUUCCCUGGACAGAACAGUCCGUGCGUGCUGUGUGGCACCGUGACAUCUCCACCCAGGACACUGACCUAGCCCUGAGGAAGUGGGCACUCGUGCUGAGGCAGCUGGAGUCCUGAGGACAGGGUGAUCAGGGACCCCAUAUCCUGGCAGGGACUGAAGUGGGGAGAGGUGUUCGGAGCCUGUGGCCUAGCAGCCUGCCAGAAGUAAUGGCCAACCUCUGUGGGGAGGCAGCACCAUCCAAAGCCUCAGGGUUCUCAACAGUGACUCAUAUGUGAUGUCCCCACUCCAUCAGAAAUAACCAGGCAUGGGAUCAGACAAGAUGUGACUGAAAAUCAAGGGUAAAAGCCAGAUAAACAGACCUGAGGGUGAUCAAGAUAACAGAGUUAUUAGGAUUUCAGAUCAAAUAUUUAAGGAAUUACCAGGCAAGAUUGAAAAAUUUAACAGAGAACUUGAAACUGUAAGAUGACUGCAUGGAAAUUCUAGAAAUGAAAACUAUAAUAAAUUAAGAUCUCAGUAGAUAAAUUUGAUAGCAGAUGAGACACCGCUGAAGAGAGAAUUAGUGAAGAGGACAGUAAGUCAGGAGAAGAUCUAUCGAGAUAAACAGACCCAAAGUUGGUUUUUUGAAUGGAGUAGUCAAAUUGAUAAUAACCUCCUGGUGGACUGAUCAAAAAUCAGAGAGGAGGGCUGGGGAUUUAGCUCAGUGGUUCCGCCGCCUGCCUUUCAAGCACAAGGUCCUGAGUUUGAUCCCCAGUACCAAAACAAAAAAAGAAAAAAUGAAAGAGGAAAUACAGAUCAUCGUUUGUUUUGUGUGUGUGUGUGUGUUUGUUUUGUGUGUGUGUGUGUGUUUGUU